CCCCUUGGCCUCCACCGAUGGUGGGCGGAUGAGUAAUGCAUCCAGGAAGCCUGGAGGCCUGUGGUUUCCGCACGGCUGCCACCCCCGCCCCUCGCGUGGACAUUUAUCCUCCGCCGCUCAGGCCCUGCCGCCAUCGCCGCGGACCCAGCGCCUAGAGAGACUCCAGCAGAGCACCCACCAUGGCCCCCUUUGCACCCCUGGUCUCCGGCAUUCUGUUGUUGCUGUGGCUCACAGCCCCCAGCAGGGCCUGUACAUGUGUCCCACCCCACCCGCAGACGGCCUUCUGCAGCUCUGAGUUCGUCAUCAGGGCCAAGUUCGUGGGGACCUCAGAAGUCAACCAGACCACCUUACAGCGGCGUUAUGAGAUCAAGAUGACCAAGAUGUUCAAAGGGUUCAGCGCCUUGGGGGAUGCCCCUGACACCUGGUUCGUCUACACCCCCGCUAUGGAGAGCCUCUGCGGAUACUUCCACAGGUCCGAGAACCGCAGCGAGGAGUUUCUCAUCGCCGGACAACUAUUGAACGAGAAGCUGUACAUCACCACCUGCAGUUUCGUGGCUCCCUGGAACAGUCUGAGCUCCGCUCAGCGCCAGGGCUUCACCAAGACCUACGCCGCCGGCUGUGGGGAAUGCUCAGUGUUUCCCUGUUCAUCCAUCCCCUGCAAACUGCAGAGUGACACUGAUUGCUUGUGGACGGACCAGCUCCUCACAGGCUCUGACAAGGGCUUCCAGAGCCGCUACCUCGCCUGCCUUCCCCGGGAGCCAGGGCUGUGCACCUGGCAGUCCCUUCGGCCCCGGACGGCCUGAAUCCUGUCUCCAGCAGAAGCUGAAGCUUGCACAGUGUUCACCCUCUUUCCCAUUCCUAUCUUUCUUUCUUCAAGACAGUGAAAUAAAGAACUACCACCCAGCA